GUGCGGUGAGACGAAGACAUCUACCUUUGGGGAAGGAGGACAAGAAGAAGAAGAAGAAGAAGAAGAGGGAGGGAAGGAAGGAAGGAAGGAAAGAAGGAGCGUCACUCACUUUUCUUUUCUUUUCUUUUCUUUUCUGGCAGCCACCAGGAGCCUCGCACGCUUUCCUGGCCCGACGGCGCCAACGGCGGGACGCCUCUUCCCCUUUUUCCGCGUUUUCAUUUUGAAAUUUUGGUGGGGGACGCGCGGAGCUUCCGAUGCUUUGAACCCCGUCCCCACCCCGCCCCACGCCUCCCCCCUCCCACGCCGCGGCCCCCCCACUUACAAGCAGGCCGGCCUCAUGGAUUUGUACCUGAACGGAUAUCUGCUGUGCGUGUGGCUGUGCGGCUCGCGGGUGCUCGGAGGCUAUCCCAUCUGGUGGUCGCUGGCCCUGGGGCAGCAGUACUCAUCCUUGGGCUCCCAACCCAUCCCGUGCGGCUCCAUCCCGGGCCUGGUUCCCAAGCAGCUGCGCUUCUGCCGCAACUACAUCGAGAUCAUGCCCAGCGUGGCCGAGGGCGUCAAACUGGGCAUCCAGGAGUGCCAGCACCAGUUCCGCGGGCGCCGGUGGAACUGCACCACCAUCAAGGACAACCUGGCCAUCUUCGGGCCGGUGCUGGAUAAAGCAACCAGAGAGUCGGCCUUCGUCCACGCAAUCGCUUCGGCCGGCGUCGCCUUCGCCGUGACGCGCUCCUGCGCCGAGGGCACGUCCACCAUGUGCGGUUGCGACUCCCACCACAAGGGACCGCCCGGGGAGGGCUGGAAGUGGGGCGGCUGCAGCGAGGACGCAGAGUUCGGCGUGCUGGUGUCCCGGGAGUUUGCGGACGCCCGGGAAAACCGACCGGACGCCCGCUCGGCCAUGAACCGGCACAAUAACGAAGCGGGACGCACGACCAUCCUGGACCACAUGCAUCUGCGCUGCAAGUGCCACGGCCUGUCGGGGAGCUGCGAGGUCAAGACGUGCUGGUGGGCGCAGCCCGACUUCCGCACGCUGGGCGACUACCUGAAGGACAAGUACGACAGCGCCUCGGAGAUGGUGGUGGAGAAGCACCGGGAGUCCCGCGGCUGGGUGGAGACCCUCCGCGUCAAGUACGCCUUCUUCAAGCACCCCACCGAGCGCGACCUGGUCUACUACGAGGGCUCGCCGAAUUUCUGCGAGCCCAACCAGGAGACGGGCUCCUUCGGGACGCGGGACCGCGCCUGCAACGUGUCGUCGCACGGCAUCGAGGGCUGCGACCUGCUGUGCUGCGGCCGCGGGCACAACACCCGGACCGAGAAGCGCAAGGAGAAGUGCGACUGCAUCUUCCACUGGUGCUGCUACGUCAGCUGCCAGGAGUGCAUGCGCAUUUAUGACGUGCACACGUGCAAGUGAACAAAGGAGGGUGGUUGGGGAGGGGCCCUGGAGUGGGGGGGGGGGGGUAGACUGGACGAGAUUCCCGCGGGCCCGUCCCGCUCUUCGCCCGACAUCCCGCCCUGGGCCCGGUGGACGUGUCCGACCCUCCCCCUGGCCGGCUUGGCCUCUCCCUUUGUCUUUAUUUAUUUCCCCUCGUGUACAGUAACACACAAAUGCAUUCAAAACAAACUAAAUAUUUGCUUUGGAACUAUAUAUAGAUACAUAUAUAUUAAAAAAAAAAAAAAAAAAAGACACGUCCUGCCGCUCCGGCUGGUUUUAUGAUUACGCUACUUAAAAAAAAAAAAGAUAUCCGGCUUUCGAGUGAAAUUUCAGCAUGGUCAUCAAACGCCCUCUCGCCUUUCCAGGUGAAGUUCGUUCGGGGUUUUGAAAACGCACGUCCAAUUGUUCAACGUUUCAGAACUGCGGACGCUAUUCUUGGAAAAGGAUCCGAAAUGGCCAAAAUCACAACGGGAAAACGUCCGUAGGUUAUCGACGUCUAUCCUGACGACACUCUGUGCCAAUCUUAGUCGUGAUCUUUGUCCAAAAAAAAAAAAAAACAGAAUUUCACAGAACCUUUUCUGCGCUAGCGCCGACGGAUAUUUACGUCAAUGGCAGUCAACAGCUGAAUUCCAGUUGAUGAUGAAUACCAAUCCUAAUCGAACUAGGAAAUUUUAAGCACCCGUUGUGAAUUUUUGCCAGUCGUUGGACAUCCAAAACCUUCAGUUCAUCCUGAUGAUUCACCGCAAAGCCAAAACGUGGCUAACUUUUUGGGACUAGUGUACAAUGACAACUUUUCAAGCUAGUAAAUCGACCUCUCGGGAAAAAAAAAGUGACUUGAGCGGGUGGGCCCAGGGAACCGCCCGUGUAAACUACUGAACAGGACCUCGGGUCUUCAUGAACUACUGAGCGGACGAGAGAACCUAGCGCGGGCCGAUUUUUUGACAUAUUAGAACAGGACCGGACUUCAGGCAACGCGCCGACCAACGCCGCAUUUCACCCAAACGUUGCCAAACUCCCCUCCGCAAUUGCAUAAUUGGAAGACGAUUUCUUUUUUUUUUUUUUUGCUCCCACGGAACUGCAAAGUUUGCGGCGCUGACACAAGUCAAGCUUCAGCACGCUUGGUUGUCGAACGCUGAAGCAGAAAUAUGCUCACGAGCGCUCAUGUACGAAAAGGACAACAAAAAAUAACUGCGGGUGUUAAACAAACAAACAGCUAUUUAUUAAAAAUUUUAGCGGGCUGUGUGGGAUAUAGGGUGUACGCGA